CUUUCUGUACCUCAAUGGUCAAUGCAGCAUAGAUUUAUUUAUCGCAGUCAUUCAGAAUUUUAACUAUGCCCAAUAAUGAUAGUAACAAUACUAUACAAUGAUAAUAACCUUUCUUUUUAUUUAUAACAUCGACCCGAACGUCUUUAUCCAAAUUAAAUUGGCUGGCUAGACAAUCGGCGGAGCGUUUCUCCGUCUUUUCGUUUGGAUCAACUUCGAAUUCUUGUAUCCGCCCAAGUGUCAAGCCCGUCGGCUUGCAUCAGACGGACAAUGCGGCGGAUUCUUGCUUCGUUUAAUCACAUAUUCUACACGUUGCGUUGACUAUAUCUACACUGGCUGUUGCGCGUAUUGUUAUUCUUUUCGCCGUAGGAUUUUUUGCAAUAAUAAUUCUGUGAUAAAAUAUUUUUACGAGACUGUUAAAUUCGUCGGUUUUACUUUAUUUUGUGAAACAACGACGCAGAAAAUGUCUAAUAUAGAAUGAUAUAAGUCGCGCAGGAAAAUUGUCAACGUCACGGUAGGCCAUAACUCGAGCACAUGGUCUCUAAAAUGAUAAUUUCUCGAUCGAUUUCGCGUGAGGUCAAUGAAUCCAUCCUACUACCUAACGCCACGCUAGAAAUAGUGUUAGAGGACGACGUAGCAGUUCCGCCAACGCUUUUAAUAAUGAAACAGCUUCAGCGCACGCAACGUAUUUAAAAUUUAAAAUAUUUUUACGCGGCAUAAUAACGUAAUAUUUUUGCGAGUAACAAGUACGAACCAAACGUUGUAUUGGCAAAAGAGAACAAAUAUCAGACUUGUAUUUUAAGAAUGGACUUUGUGUAUUCAGGCCAUUUAUUCGACGACUCGUAUAUUCCGUUUAGCCCGAAGGAAACGGUCUCCCUUGUGGACAGACCUUACAUAUAGUUGGCAUAUCUCGAAACGUCUGGUAUCCAACUAAUGACCGUUUAUCAUUGACGACUGGCUCCCAGUUAAAAAAUUCCUCUGGAUCCACCCGCGGUACCUCCUCUCUUUCGGUUUCUCCCUUCCUUUGGCCUGGCGGAUCCUACUUUUCUCCCCACGUGAAGGCCCAGUAACGAACACGUGGAGGUUGGGCUUGAACCGAACGAUAUAUCGGGGGAAAUUUUCCGAAAGCUCGAUCGGAGUGCCAAUUGCCGCUGUAGCCGGCAGCAACGGCCAAUCGCCGUUGCCCCUGGUCGGACAGGUGGGGGCCAGCCGAGACUUAAGCGAGGCCACUCGCCGUGGAGCUGUCAGAGCUCUGUGGGGCACGGUCACGCACACACAGCAGUCGGUCCCUUCGGUUCUUCCGGUAGCGUCCGCCUCCUCGAUCUCGUCGUCUCCGGAUCGUGCGAUAUCUAUUGCGAUUUACGCACCACUUCCCGGUCGAACCGCCACACUUGGGACCGCGGACCAUUUCGUGAAUCGCACAUCGAGACUAUUGCUCCGGGACGGGAUCGCCCUUCAAGACUUGCGAUAAUUCAGGAGAGCCAUUUUCACGGGAUCUCACAAUACUACCAAGUGUCAGAAGUGUCUGUAACGCUCUGCUAGCUUUCCGAGGGAGCCGAGUAAGAAGAUAUGGCUCGGCAGUUGGACCCCACCGGUCUCUACUGAAGACGUUUUUCUCCGCGAUCAAGCAACUACAUACUUCCGCUUUCAGUGUUGUUGAAGAUCAUUAUCGUCGACAUGGCAGCAGGAGGAUUGGACCCCACCGGUCUAUACUGAAGUGCCGUCGAGUAACUGCGUAUCUCACGACCGUUCAUAUAUCCAUAUCUCUCCGAAGGCUUUCGAUUGACUUUCAAUUAAAAUUGUGCAACAUGGCUGGACUCGAUCCGACCGGUCAGUAUUGAGAAGGUGAGGGAAGGUCCAGAAGAGUCGAGCAAGUAGGAAGGAGUCCCGACAGAUACCUCAAGGUCGCGCGACAUGGCCGCUACCGGGGGUCUAGAUCCGACCGGGCAGUACUAAGACGUCGAGAAACCUUCGAAAUUCGUUCAGCAUCCUCGUUGAUUCGUGAUAUCGGCGAUGGAGCAAGUGAGAGGAAGAGAGGAAGUCUCAUCUUCCAACUUGAGGAGACUGAGAUGGAGCAUCCAUAUUCGCAAAGGACGACAUCGAACAUUCCCUGUAAAUGUGGAACGUCAAUGAAGAUGCCGAAUCUGCCUACGUACAGGGAAUCAACCAGCAACGACACCACUGCCGUCGAAGAACUUCAAUCGUCCUCAUCGCCUACGAUGAGGACAAUGGGGGGUCUACUGGAGAAUGGAAGGAUCACCAACGUUACACUGCCAUGGAGAAAUUUGCCACCUAGUCGUUCCAUCUCUUUCCUCAUCUCGGUCUCUCGCGGAGACACGCGCGACUCUCUCGAGGGCGAAAAAUGUCUCGACGCACGGGAUAAUAGAUCGUAUUCGUUUCUUUUCAUAUUCGCGACAGUACCACGAAUGUUCCGCGCGCCGCCGUAACACUGCCGACGUACUGAUCGCGAUAAGAUGCUAGUUUUCUCUUAAAUUUCUAUCACGCGGUGGCCACGCGGAAGCACAUUUCACGUAACGAAACGCGGCUGUUACGAGAAGAGCAACGCUACGACCUCGGUUAUCACCGAACGCUAACAAAAAAAGAAAACUUCCUUGUCCGAUACUGCUUUAUCCUCAUUAUCAGUAGCUGUUGUUACUGUUACUCGCUAUUUAUACUGUCCGCCACAGUGAUCGAGACAUAUGCGCGUGCAACAACAUCGCGCUGUUACCGUUAUCGCUACACUAUCAACGUUGUCACGACUAAUAUGAUCGCCGUUACUACUUCUUUUUCCUGUUGCUUCGAAUGUCGAUGAUAUCGUCGAGCACCACACGCAUGAAUCGAACAGUAAACAGAGCUGAUUAUUACGAAAAAUCCCGUUUCCCCUCUUGGCGUGGCUCUUUAGCAUUCACGUUAUAUAAACUACCGGGAAUUAUGCAGUUAAUGCAGAUAAAUUUAGACGAGGCAUUAAAUCACCGCGCUACCGCAAAUAAGAUCGAGCUUGCUUUAUUUUUGUGGCAUUUCAUACUCUGCGAUUUGCAAUGUUACAUGGCGCUGGCACACAUACUGCUUAAAAAUUCAACGUAAAUGCAGCGAGGCUCGCUCUUUCAGAGUACAUUAUGUUAAUCGAUUAAAUAUUUGGACAUAAUUGAUAACAAAUUUGGUUGAAACCACCGAGAAUUUCAGAUCUAGCUUGUUGACUUAUUUCUAAAUAUUGGAUUAAUGAACACAUGAAAUUAAAAAUGAAGAAACUGCGGUAAAUGCAACGUGUCAGAAAACUCAUCCCUGGGUCAGAUCUUGCAAAUUUCAACGCACAUUUCCAAUAGAGAUUAACCGUUUCUCGUGGUUUUGUAUAAUAAGUUUGAAAGUGGCGGUUUUCUUCGAGAUCGAGGAUUUCAUAAAGUAACAUCCGCGCGCGCGCGCGGAAAUCCGCUCGCCGUUUACAUACAAGUUACACGAGUGUCCGGCAAACUGAUCGCUCGCGCUCGUGCGACGUACGUUGCGUUGUCCUUCGGGAGUCCGUGCGAAAUCGAUCAGGCACCUCCGCGAUUAUUAUCAGGAAGUGAUCGCAGUGCACACGCCGGUUGCACAUUGUUACACAUAAUUUCUUCCCCGCCGGCCGUAUCGUAACGCGCGAUUCGCGCGUUUCGAGCCACGACGACCGCGUACUUUGCAUUCUUCGCAUACAUCGACUCGCUUGGUGCGCGAGCUCAUUGCAACUCGUUCUCGCACACGAGCGCGUACGAGCGCACACGCACAGACACGGGCCCGAAGCGUUUAACCGCGCUUUUGCGCGAGCUGGAGCGCGUGUUCUUCACCUACGUAUAUGUGUACGAGUUACCGUAUUUCUCUUAAUUACCACAACGAUCGAGUAGCACAUAGGUAAACGUUCGCGUUCUGUCUUUAUUUCUUACUCCUUAAUUAUUAUUCUAAUUCUUAUUAUCAUCUUUUACCAUUAUUAUUUUUA